AUGACUGCAGCCAGCCCAACCUCAUCCCAGAUCCUCCCUGAGAAGCCACUGACUUCCGGGACCGAGAAUUCUUUCAACAAUGCCUCGAGCUCCUCUCACAAUGGCCUGUAUGACAGCGGGCCUGCCAUCCAGUUGUCUGAGAACCACCCGAACCGCGAGCCGCAACGGCAGAGGAGGAAGUGGUCUUUCAAGCCGAGAAAGUGGCACGACGGCCAGGAGCACGACUGGUGGUUCGCCUCGACCGGUAUUCCACUGCUCGCCGCCACUCUCGGUCCUCUCGCAAACGUACUCUCUAUUGCCGCUUUAGUCUCAUAUUGGAGAGAAACUAUCUAUAUUGAUGGACAAUUCGUUGGCGAUUUCGACGGAGUGUCUUUCAAAGAUCCUCACUGGUGCUAUUGGCUCAAUGUAGCCUCCCUAAUCUUGGGUUUCAUUGGCAACUUUUUUCUCCUGAUGAACUUCACCCAACGUAUCCGAUACAUCAUUGCUUUGCCUAUGACGAUAUUCUUCUGGUAUGUUGCGACAGCACUUCUCAUUGGCAUUACUGCCUGUAUGCAAAUUUAUACUCCACCAAUGCGGCCGUAUGAAACCUACACCCAAGGCUUCUGGUAUGCCGUUAUCGCCGCCUGCAUAUACCUCGUCUGCUCUAUGAUUCUCAUGAUCAACAUGCUGGGCUACUUCCUAGGCCACUACCCCGACACUUUCGCGUUGACAGAAGCACAACGCACCUUGAUUCUACAGACUAUGAUGUUCUUCAUCUGGCUUGCCGGCGGCGGUGCUGUGUUUUCUAGAAUUGAAACCGAAAACGGCACUUCCGGCUGGGAUUUUGUCGAUGCGCUAUACUUCUGCGACGUAACGAUCCUCACCGUCGGCUUCGGCGAUCUUUACCCUACCAACGACGUUAGUCGGGGUCUCAUCUUCCCCUACUCCGUUGGCGGCAUCAUCAUGCUUGGUCUCGUCAUCUCGUCCCUCAACAAGUUUGUUGGGCAGCUCGGCGAGGAAAAUUUGAUCCAGAAACACGUCGAAAAGCAGCGCGUGCGCACCAUGGACCGCACCGUUACCAACUCUUUCGAUUUACACCAGCGAGAGGGCGUAUCGCCCAGCCGCCAGCGCCACAUCUCGAAAGCCGACAUCAGCGCACCACACCGCGCAAACGAGUACCCACGGUCAGCGAUGGGCAAUACAGGGCGGCAUAGAGCUCAUCGGAGCACCUUUAGGCCAAUCCCAUUGAGACCCAGCAAGCCAAAGCUCCUCUUGCUGCGCGAGGAAAAGGACCGGUUUGAUCAGAUGCGCAGUAUUCAGCACGCGACCCACAAAUUCAAGAAGUGGUGGGCGCUCACCCUCUCUGUCAUCGCGUUCGGCAUCCUGUGGUGCGUUGGCGCCGUGGUCUUCUGGCAGUGCGAGAAAACCUCCCAGGACAUGACCUAUUUCCAAGCAUUGUACUUCUGCUACGUCUCACUACUGACUAUCGGCUAUGGUGAUCUCUCACCAAAAACCAAUGCCGGCCGCGCCUUCUUCGUCGUCUGGUCACUCAUCGCCGUACCGACCAUGACAGUGCUCAUCUCGGACAUGGGUGACACCGUCAUCUCUAACUUCAAGAACUUCAUCACCAACCUCGCCGACUUUACAGUCCUGCCGAAGGAAGGCAUCUGGCGCAGCUUUCUGGAUCGUCAUCCCUGGCUGCUCCGCUGGAUGCAGCGGCGUGUUGAGAAGCGAGCUGCGAAGAAGCGCCUCGAGAAAGGUUUCCCCACCGGCCCAGACCCCGAGUCUGCCGCUGCAGAAGAGGAAGACACGGCACCGCCGAAUAUUGAGAACCUUGCCGAAGAAGCAGAACGUGAUGCCAUUUCAGACCCAGCACUUGAUGAGGCAACCCUCUCACGAAAACUAGCACUCGCUAUCCGCAAUGUUGCUAACGACCUCACCCACGAUCCGCCUAGAAAAUAUUCUUACGAGGAAUGGGUUGAGUUCACGCGCUUAAUUCGUUUUACGACGAAGAGUGCGGAAGAGGUGGAGGCCCAAGAGGAAGAAGAGGGACUCGUGGAGUGGGAUUGGAUUGGCGAGGACAGUCCCUUGGUCAGUAAGAAGGCGGAGGCGGAGUUCGUGCUCGAUCGCUUGUGUGAGAGCUUAGCGAGGUACAUGCGACGGAAGAGCGAGGCAAAGGGGGCAGCGAGGAAGCAGAUCGAGUCUCUUGAGGAGAAGGUGGAAGAGCUGGAGGAUUUGGAGGGGGAGAUGAGGCGUGAGAUGAACUCUUCGGGGGCGAAUGGGACGGGGAGUUCAAGGGCCUCUUGA